AUGGGAAGAAAACAAAACAAGUUAAAAGUAGAUGUUUCAAAGUUGGAUAGCAAUACAGAUCUACUAAAGAAUCAUCCUGAUCUUAAUGAAAACCAAGAUGACCAAGAUAUGAAUGAAGAAGAACAAGUCGAUGCAAUUGAAGAUAACGAAGAAACCGAAGAUAAUGGAGAUGAUGAAGAAAAGGGAAACAAAAAGAAAUUAACACAUAAAGAAAAAAUGCUUGAAAAUUUAAAAUUAAGAAAAGAAAUAGCCGAUUUAAAAGUUGAAAGAAAAAAACAUAAAAAAUCAGAUUUCCAAGGUAAAAAAGAAAAGAAAUUAUUGACAAAAGAGAUACAUAGUAAAGUAAAAGCUACUUUAAAAAAGAAAUAA